AUGACUGAGGCCGAGACCAGAUAUCCCCAAAUGGAAAAGCUGGCCCUCGCCUUAGUCACCUCGGCCCGGAGACUUAGGCCGUACUUCCAAGUGCACGCCGUCGUAGUACUUACCAACUUGCCCCUAAAGAACAUUUUCCAUAAGUCAGAAACAUCAGUGCGCCUGAUGAAGUGGGCAAUGGAGCUAAGCGAGUACGAAAUCCAGUUCGAGCCAAGAACUGCAUUGAAAGGGCAAGCAGUGGCCGAUUUUAUCGCGGAGCUCACCCCACCACCUCAGUUGGCCAAGUCUGACCCUCUAUGGACAAUCUACGUUGAUGGAUCCUCCAAUGAGAAAGGGUGCGGGGCAGGAAUCCUCUUACUCGCACCAGGCGGCGAGCGAUUUGAGUAUGCUCUACGGUUCAACUUUCAGACUUCAAAUAAUGAGGCUGAGUACGAAGCACUUCUGGUAGGCCUACGCCUUGCCAAAGGACUGGGGGCCAUCCAAAUCAAAGUCUUUAGUGACUCCCAGUUGGUUGUAAAUCAGAUUAAGGGGGAGUACCAAACGAAAUACUUCCGAAUGGAAAAAUACCUAAGCAAAGUCAGAUCGCACCUCACCCAAUUCGAGACUUACGAGGUGAGUCAAGUUCCAAGGUCAGAAAAUUCCAAUGCUGAUGCCUUGGCGAAAUUGGCAUCAGCAUAUGAGACCGACCUGGCCAGGUCAGUCCCAGUGGAGAUCUUGGACAAUCCUUCAAUCCUGGAUCCGGAAGUGAUGGAGAUUGACACUCCAUCGCCUUCAUGGAUGGAUCCAAUCGUCAUGUUCAUCAAAGGAAUUUCGCCUCAAGAUUCAAAUGAGCAAAAGAAGAUGGCGCGGAAAGCAGCUCGGUUCAUACUCCGGGAUGGAGCGUUGUACCGACGUGGCUUCUCCCUGCCUCUGCUUAACUGUGUAACUCCCGUAGAAGGUCUUUACAUCCUUAGGGAAAUCCACGAGGGAGAUGCAAAGCAAUUUGUGAAAACCUGCGACAACUGCCAGCGCUUCGCAAAUAUUAUCCAUCAACCUCCCGAACUGCUUACCCCCAUCUCGGACCCGUGGCCAUUCGCGCAGUGGGGAGUAGAUAUCAUAGGUCCUUUUCCCCUGGGCAAAGGGCAAACCAAGUUCGUCGUUGUCGCUGUGGACUACUUCACCAAGUAG